AACUCCAACAUAAUAGCUCAUAAGCUCAAGCUUACUGUAUUAUAUUAGAAAGCCCUCAUAUACCACAUAAAUUCGCUUCAGCACAAUUCUAUAUAUGCACAAUCCCUCAACUCCAGAACCGAAUAAACAAUCUGUAUAAGUAAUGACUGCCUUGCAGACUGCACUAGUCCUCCGACCCAAUAGCAAUGGCUCCUCAAGCUUCCACAAAUAUUAUCGCAUAAGAAAAUAUAAUUUAAAUGAAACACCUCUACUCAAACCACCAUUGCCUUGCCCAAAAAAGAACAUGCUGGCCACCACUAGGACUGCAGCCGCGGCUUAUAAAGAUUACAGUCUACAUGAAGGUGGAUCUGGGGCAACCACAAUCAGGGCUCCUCCGGAUCCAUCUCAUCAUUUUGACAAGCUGCAUGGUGCAGGGGGUAUAGGCGUGCUUGAGUUUCUUCGAGGCAAAAAUUAUCUUGUCACCGGUGCCACGGGCUUUCUUGCCAAAGUGUUGAUUGAGAAACUCCUACGGACGACGCCUGAGGUGGGUAAAAUUUAUGUUCUGAUCAGAGCAAAAGAUCAACAAGCUGCAGCAGAGAGAUUAAGAAAUGAAAUUAUUGAUUCGGAACUAUUCAAGUCACUGGAGGGCCUGCAUGGGAAAUCAUAUAAAACAUUUAUGUUGGCCAAGCUUAUUCCUGUAGCUGGUAAUGUCUGUGAAUCUGAUAUUGGAAUUAAAAGUAAUUUAGCUGCUGAGAUUGCGCAGGUUGUCAAUGUAAUUGUCAAUUCAUCAGCCAACACAACAUUUGAUGAAAGGUACGAUGUUGCUGUAAACACGAACACAAGAGGACCUUGUCGGGUUCUAGCCUUGGCCAAAAAGUGCAAGAAUCUGUGCCUCUUUCUCCAUGUAUCAACUGCAUAUAUUACUGGGGAGUCAGGUAUAAUCCCUGAAAACCCGAUUCAAAUAGGACAGAAAAUGAGGAACCAAGUCUCCCAGAAUGAAGUUGAUAUCGAAGCUGAAGUGAAUUUAGCUUUGCAAUCAAAGGAGGCCUCUGAAGUUGCAUCAACUCCGUUAAUGAAAGCGUUGGGCUUGCAGAGAGCAAAGAAACAUGGAUGGAAUAACACCUAUGCAUUUACAAAAGCUAUGGGUGAGAUGCUGCUCACCAACCAAAGGGGAAAUGUGCCAGUAGUAAUUAUCCGUCCCAGCGUUAUAGAGAGCGCCUAUAAGGAGCCUUUACCUGGUUGGAUUGAAGGAAAUAGAAUGAUGGACCCCGUAAUAUUGUUCUAUGGGAAAGGCCAGCUGCCAGGAUUUCUAGCAAACCCCAAAGCGGCCAUUGACAUUGUACCUGUGGACAUGGUUGUGAAUACUAUUCUGGUGGCUAUGGCAAAGCACGGUAGAGAUGCGAAGCCAGAAUUGAAUGUGUAUCAUGUAGCCUCAUCCGUAUCAAAUCCAAUACUUCUAUACGAUUUCUUUAAGUACACUUGUGAUCACUUCAAGUCUUCGCCAUUGAUAGAUCGAGCUGGAAAGAAGAUCAGGAUUACAGAUAUAAAGUUCUUAAGCUCUUUGUCUGAUUUUUCAUCUUACAUUUCAUCAGAGAUAAUUGAACGCAGUGGUCUAAUGGAUGAUCAAGCAAUGCCAGAUGAAAAGCUUAUUGAGAGGAUUAAGACCAAAUGUGAAAAGUUGGAGACAAUUCUUUUGCAUAUGGUUCAACUUUAUGAGCCUUACAUGUUUUAUACUGGCUGGUUUGAUAAUGGUAAAGUUAAAGCACUGAUGAAGCUGAUGUCCGUAGAAGAGAAGAUGCUGUUUGAAUGCGACGUUGGGAUCAUAGACUGGAAAGAAUAUAUAUGCAAUAUCCACAUUCCAGGCUUCCGCAAUUACGUCUUGAAGGGAAAGUGAAGACCAGGACAAAAGAUGAUUCAGAGCCAGUAUGACAAAACCUCAUUUCUGCACUCUUCUCUGGUCAUUGUUCGGACAACUUCGAAUGCUCACUUCCAACGCACUCAUGCCUUAAACUACUAGCUAGGUAAACCACCAGAGUGAUAAAACCAGGACAAUUGUUAAUUUUUAACUGAUUAUAUUAUAUAUUGCUCAGGGUUUGCUAUUUAGAGUCUUUAAUCAAAAACUCGUUGUAAUUGUGUUCUUGAUAACUUUCGUUGUUCAACCAGAAAAAAAAAGGUGGAAGACAUUUUGUGCGAACAGACAUUUUUAUCUUGAUGGAGAAUUUUUAUUAACAAUAUAAUUACA